CAAACAAGACGCUCGCUGCGGAGUGCGAUGGCCGCGUCUGGGAAGCGCUGGCUGGACAGCAAGGACUUCGCUCAGCCGCAGAGGCCACUCGGGCGACAGCACUUUGAAACGAUCCGAUGGGCCGCUCGCACAGCCUGGGAUGAGGAAGGCGAGCGCGCAGUGACGAGCGCCACCACUUACGGCGGACACCACGGACUCAAGAUCCUGGACGAGGCGAGCAGUCAGCGGGUUAGACCUUCAUCUCCCACCAGGCUGAACAAGCCUCACCCGCCCGAGUUGUUCUUAGUGACGCGGCUUCACUACGUCCCCGACUAUUUUAGAAAAUCUGACGCCUCUACUGAUGCCAAAGGAGAAAGUCGCAGAUCUUCAGGAGCAGAGACAGCUCAUCUGCAGAAAGGCAGCCUGAGGACCAGCAGUGAGCUCCUUAAACGACUCUUUGUUGAUGCCCGUUCUGCUCAGGCUGCUGCAGCCUGGAUGAAAGUUGCUCCUGAAAAUGAACGCAGUGCCCUCAAGAAGAUGUUUGAGUCGACAUCAUGUGUGAUGAAACAAGAAGGACCACCAGAAAAGAACUCCUACGUUGGCCAGGUCCUGUCUCACUUCAUUAAACCCGAGCACAUGGCAGCAAUACGGAUGUGGAUUGGCGGAGCAGGAAGACGAGAUGUUGAAGCAGUCGAAAAGUUUGUCAAAGCUCUGCCCAGCAGUCACCAUCUACCACUGAGCAGUGACCCCGGCGCUGGCACAACAAAAGCCAGAGAUUUCCAAAUCCAUCCAGAAUGGGUGACUCAGCCCUGGCACACGGGGUACCUCCGCCCCCGGGACGCCGGCCCCUUCAGAUGCUAGACCCCCUGAUGUGAUGCCUGACCAGCGACCGAGGCCAUCUAAUGAGUGGUGGGACGCCCACACCUGAUUUUAUAAAGCGCAUUUCACGGAGGACGCGGCCGGAGCAGUUGGAUGAGACAACAAAAGGGACGUCUGUGGCCUUCAGCCCCACGCGACCAAAAGUGCCCCAGAGUUUAAACCAAGUGGCGUCCAAAAAUAAAAGAGUUGUGGUGACGUCCAGUCCUGACCAUGGGGGCUCAAACCAGUUAGCUGACCUGAGACUGAAGGACACCAUCCAACCUGCUCAAUCCAGAUUGAGGGUCCCUUUGGCCUGUCUCUGUAAAUUUUAGUGCAAGGGAGACCAGACAGGGUGCCAGUCCGCCACCUGGUCUCCACACACACACACACACACACACACAC